AACCACUUCCACUUGGGCAACCUUUGUCUAAGAAGGUAGAGAAACAGUCUGCUCACUUCUAUUCUGUUACAAUAACAGAAAAGGAAGCGAAAGGGGGCCUUGUUUGCCGAGUUCAUUCACGAGAAAAAAGUAAAUUUAAGCUAUUGUACUUUGACCAAGAAGAAAAUGGUGGACUAAGCCUUGCAUUACAGGAAGAUAGUUCAAAAACAGGGAAAGUCACAUCCGCUGGCAUGUAUUUUCUUGGUUUCCCAGUAUAUCACUUGGAUCAAACCCAGACAUCGGCAGCAGCCACAAAGGAUCCGGACUCUGCAUUUUUCAAGAAACUGGAUGGAUUUCAACCAUGCGAGAUAACUGAGCUCAAAGCUGGCACACAUGUUUUUGCAAUUUAUGGUGACAAUUUUUUUAGAAGUGUGAGCUACACCAUUGAAGUGGUCUGCGCUGAACCUUUUACCGAGGAAAAAGAGAAUCUUAGAGCAGUAGAAGCUCAGAUUUUGUCAAAAAGAGUGGAACUGUCUAAGUUUGAAACAGAAUAUAGGGAGGUCUUAACACAAUUUACUGAGAUGACAAGUAGAUAUGCUCAAGAAAUGCAAGCUAUUGAUGAGCUUCUUAAGGACCGCAAUGAAAUUCAUGCUUCCUAUACGAGUCUUCCUGUGAUGAAACGUAGUAGUAGUAGUAGCAAUCGAAAUAAGAACAAAGGUGGAUCCAAGGCAGCCAGUGAAGAUGGCCCAGUAAAAGAAAAGAAGUCUUUAAGAGACCGGACGAAGAAGAAGAAAUGGUUCAACAUUCCCUUAAAAGUUGACAAAAGGAAAGCUUGUUAAUUAGGUGUAUAGAGAAACAACGGAACUGAAUGAGUAGUUGCAGAGGUACACUUCCUAUUAGUCCAAGCAACAAACCUGUUGCAGGACUUACAAGAAUUCUUUCAGUGGGACUCCAUUGCAGUAACUAGCCAUAUCACUAUUGCGCUGAAAUAUUGUUAUUUAUGGAAUGGUGUUGACACGGGAAGUACACGAAAAAUUCUUUCCUUGAACACUCACACAUGUAAAUUGCAUUAUUCAAUCACAAGUCUUUCUUGAAUGUGCUA